AUGGAUACAACAUUUGAUAAUCUAGUAACAACGGAUGCUCAUUCAGGUCUUAUUGUAACUUGUGGUAUUCCUCUUUCUUCAUUCAUAUCUGAAAAUAUUAUUAAUACAUCUCAUGAAGAAUUUAUUCUUGAUCUUAGUCAACGAUCAACAACAACAGAAAUAAUAAAUAAAAAUCAAUCUAUAAAUAUAAUUAAUAAUUGGGAAAAUAAUUCAAUAUGUAAUUAUACAGAUUCAAUAGAUGAUGAUUUUAAUAAAAUAUUAAUAUUAAAUAAUGAUAAUAAAUUAAAUAUUGAACAAUCAUUAACUGAUCAAUUAAAACAUCAUUCAAUACAAGAUGAUUCAUUGUCAGAUAGUUCAAAUAGAAUAAAUCAAUCAAAAAUUGAUUUUUAUUAUACAAUGAAAAAAACAAAAAAAAAACCAAAUAUUAAUUCAUCAUCUAAUCAAAUAAUAAAAAUUCAUCAACUUGAACCUUGUUUAAAUUCUUCUCAUUUAUCUUCAGUAAAUUUUCUUUGGUCAAAAUAUUUAUCAAAAAUUGAUGAACGAUCUGUAUCCGAGGAAUUUUUUGAUCAUUAUUUAUCAUCAAUACAAUCUGGUUUUGAAAUUAAUAUGAAACUUGAAUAUUGUUAUGAUAUACAACGUGAUUUAUAUUGGUUAACACAAAUACAAUUAAUAUCACAUUGUUUACUUCUUUUACAUUAUGUUGGUUUACCUGAUGAUGAUACAUCAAAUGAUUUUUGGGCUUAUAUUUAUGAACAACGUUGUCAUCCUAUUGGUUGGUGUAAAGAAAAUAGUAAAUUAAUGUCACCACCAUUGAUUGUUACUAAACGAGCUAUACAACAAUCAACAUUAAAUAAUAAUUAUAUAACAUCAAAUGGAAAUGAUAAACAAUCAAAUAUAAUUAAAGGAGAUACAAAUAAUAUUAAUCAAACACCACCUUCUUAUUUAUUUGAUAAAGAAAUCGGUUUAAAUGCUUGUGAACAAUUAAAAAAAGGUAUGUUACUUGAAUUACAAGAUGAAAAUCGUCCAUGGACUGUAUGGUUUGUUCGAAUAAUUAAUAAUCGUGGUGGACGAUUACAUCUUCGAUAUAUAACUAAUGAUAAUGAUGAUGAAGAAGAAGAAGAAGAUUCAAAUUCAUCUUUAUUAGAUAUUCAUAUAUUUUAUCUUGAUCGUCGUGUUCAUUUAAUUGGUUGGACAAAAACUAAUUGUUCAAUUUAUUUUUAUGAUAUUCCAACAUGUUUAAAAUUAAUAAUUGAUAAAGAAAUUUUAAUUGAUAUAUGUUUAAAUAAAUCCAAAGAACAAUUUCUUCCAUUAAAUUUAUUUAAAGAACAAGAAGAAAUUAUUAAACAUCGUUUUAUUGAAGGAAUGAAAUUAGAAAUAUUUGAAUCAAAUAAACAAAAUAUAUUUAUUGGUAGAAUUGGUCAUAUAUAUAAUGAAUAUUAUUUUGAUGUUAUUAUUGAUAAUGAUAAUGAUAAUGAAUUAUCAUUUAUAGCAUAUUCAACACAUCCAUAUAUAUUACCAGCACAUUGGGCUGCUGAACAUAAACUUGCAUUAAUGAAUGGUAAAUAUAUAAGACAAACAGAAGAUUAUUGGAAUUUAUAUACUGAAAUAAAUGGUAUUAAUAAUUUAGCACCAGAAAAAUAUUUUAAUUUAUUAACAUUAAAUACUAGUGGAAAUAAUCGUGUUGAACCUGGAAUGAAAAUGGAAAUGAUAUAUACAUUAAAUAAUAAAGAUUAUGUUUUUUCUGUAACACUUAUUCAUAUUGCUGAUCAUCUUAUGUGGUUAAGAGUUGAUGAUACUAGUUUAUUUAAUAAUAAUGAAAAAUUAUAUUAUCAUGUUUUACCAAUUAAUUCAUUAAAUGUUUUUCCUAUUGGAUGGGCUAAAUUUAAUGGAUUUGAUUUAAUAACACCUAUUCAAUAUGAAACUAAUAUUAAUACAUAUGAACAAAAUCGAUAUGAUUUAUUUUCAUCAGUAACACAUUAUCCAAAAAUUCCUCGUGUAUAUUUAAAUGAAGUUUAUUUAUUAACAAUAUAUGUAAAUAUUGAAUGUUUUUGUGGACCACAUUUUUGUUCAUCUCGUCUUGCUCGUAUACCAUCAAAAUUUGGUCCAGGUCCAUAUCGUCAUGUUAUUAUUGAUAUGUUUCAUUAUCUUUUAUCAACAUUAUCAACAAAUGCUCAUCGUGCAUUACGUCGAUUAGAUCAUCAAAUUAAUUCGGAAAUAAUAUCAAAUCUUAAAACUGAAUAUAUUAAAGCAGCUAAACGAUCAUCAAAAUUAAUACGUCCUAUAUCAAUACCAAAUGAACCUCGUUCAGUAUAUCAUUAUCUUCGUUAUAUAUGUACACAAUUAGAAGCUUGUCCAAAUUUAAUUAGUAUGAUACAUAUUGACAAUCAUUGUCCAGAUAAAUGUCAUAUAUUAAGUAAUACUUUUGCUUUUUCUAUACAUUCAAAACAUAAACGUUCUCAACUUCGUGCUGCACAAAAUCGAUAUCGUAAACAAAAAUCUUUAUUAUGUCAUUUAAAAAAUACUUCAAUCCCUUCAAAUGUAUCAAGUCCUGUUGUUGAAGAAUUACCAAUAUCAGAAAUUCAACCAACAAUAAUUAAUACAACUGAUAUAUUACCAACAAUAUCAAAUCCAUUACCUGGAUCUGAUAGACAAACACGUGGUUUUCGUGUUCAUAUUGAACGUAAAACACAUAAUGUUACAAGAACAAAUAAAAAACAAAAAUUAAUUAAUACAAAUGAUAAACCAACAAUUGAUAUUAAACAAGAACCUAUUGAAAUAAAUAAUGUUACAUCUGAACUAUCAUCAUCAUCAACAAUAACAACAAAUCAAUUAAUAAAAGAAUCUAAACGUUCAUAUAUAUCAAAGAAAAGACGUUGUCCAUCUCCAUCAAUUGUAUAUCGAUCAGCAUCACCUAUAACAUUAAAUAUAUUAUCUUCAAAUUCUAAUCCAUCAUCACCAUCAAAUAAAAAUAAAAAAAAACGAACAACACUUUCAACAUCACAAUCAUUAAAUGAUCUUAAAAAUUGUUCAAAUGUUCUUAAAACAAAUAUUGAAAGUCAAAAUUCAUCACCAUUUAUUCGACCAAUUCAACAAUAUUCAAUACCACCACCACCAAUUGAUCCACGAAAUCCAGUUACAUGGAAUGUUAAUGAUGUUUGUUGGUAUUUAGAUAAAUCAGGAUGUUCAUUUGCAUUAAAAACAAUUAAAGAACAAGAAAUUGAUGGUGCUGCUCUUCUUCUACUUGAUGAUUUAAAUACAGUUCAAGAUUUAUUAGAAUUUAAAUUAGGACCAGCUGUUAAAUUUUGUCAUGUUGUUGAACAACUUCGUACACAAGUUAUUGAUACAUUUCAUUCAUCACCAUCAUUAAAAACUUCAUCUCGUUUAUCAACAAAUUAA